CCGCUCCAUACGCCCCUACUUUUCUUUUGCCUUUUUUUCCGCCGCCUGGCUGAUAGACGCCAUGGCCUGGCAGUGGUCUGAAUGUGUGUUUCGGGCUCUAAAGCCAUCCCAAUGCCUACAUCAUCUCGAGCCUAUCACCCAGCGACGACUAUUAUCGAUAUCCUCUUCCAGCGCUUCUUCUAAUGCCGCUCCGCCUAUCAACUUCGCCGAACCAAACGCUAGACCAGCUCGGAUUUUACCCGCGUCUCCAGCAUACUUUUCUGGAACACCAAAGUUCAUUGACCACUUCCUGAACUUGGAGCGCCUACGGAGCAAAUAUGCAUCGUUACCGACGGUUCCUACCAACGAAGCGCCGCGGAUGGCGUGGUUGAAGUUAUCGCAAUUCAACGGCGCUGUCGGAGAGGUUGUUUCGAGUUCAAAGUACAAGCAAUUGAUAAAGAUCUUGCAAAGGCUCAGCAGGAUUAACCCUAGCUUGAUGCCAGAAGAAGUAGAAACUGCCAUGAAACAAUUCAUCAGACCGGGAAACCCAUAUCAGCAAAAACCCGUUCCUCGAAUGCUCGACGACAUUGGUCGGGCCCGGGGUGUUGGAAGACGGAAGACUUCAACUGCCACGGUUUGGUUGGUUGAAGGCGAUGGACAGGUCAUGGUCAAUGGGAAGAGUAUAGUACACGUGUUCCCCCGCAUUCACGAUAGGGAGAGUGCCCUGUGGGCUUUGAAGAGCACGGAUAGAAUGGACAAGUAUAAUGUGUGGGCGAUGGUUCACGGAGGCGGUGUGACUGGUCAGGCUGAAGCUAUCACUCUGGCGCUUGCAAAAGCCCUUUUGAUCCAUGAGCCUGCAUUGAAACCAAUGCUUCGUCGAGCUGGUGUCAUCACGGCCGAUCCACGACAAGUCGAAAGAAAGAAGCCAGGGCACCGCAAAGCCAGGAAGAAGCCAGCCUGGGUCAAGAGAUGAAGUAAUCACUCUUUUCCCAUUUUUCCCUGUAAUUUCUUUCAGCUCCUCUUUCCCUAUCUCAUCUCAGUAUUUCACGUGUACAUUAUGCGUCUUGGCUUGUCCUUAUAUAACGUUACAACGGUUGGAAUACUCCAUAUACGCA